GUCACGUCAUAAGGCUACCUUAUGACAUGUGUAAUCUAUGUCCAUGACAGAUCAUAUGAUCCAUUUGGUGCACCCAUUAUAAUUUAGCAGGUUGAUCAGAAAACUUGAAGGGCGUAGUCGUUUAACUAGUGUGUAUAUUAUUUUAAAAUUACUAAAAAAACACCAUCAAAAUGGCUCUAAGCGAUGCAGACGUUCAAAAGCAGAUUAAGCACAUGAUGGCUUUCAUUGAGCAAGAGGCAAAUGAAAAAGCUGAAGAAAUUGAUGCCAAGGCUGAAGAAGAGUUCAACAUUGAAAAAGGCCGUUUAGUUCAGCAACAAAGACUCAAGAUUAUGGAGUACUAUGAAAAAAAGGAAAAACAAGUUGAACUACAGAAGAAAAUUCAAUCUUCAAACAUGUUGAACCAGGCUAGAUUGAAGGUAUUAAAAGUGAGAGAAGAUCAUGUCCGUAGUGUUUUGGAGGAGGCUCGUAAACGUCUGGGUGAAGUUACAAGGGAUCAAGCAAAAUAUACAGAAAUCUUAGAAAGUCUUAUCAUGCAAGGAUUAUAUCAGUUAUUCGAAAAGGAGGUUACAGUCAGGGUACGUCCUCAAGACAGAGAAUUGGUGAAAUCUAUCCUUCCCACCAUUGUCACCAAGUACAAGGACAUUACCGGUAAAGAUAUUAAUAUAAAAAUUGAUGACGAGUCCCAUCUUUCACAAGAAAUUACUGGUGGAAUUGAACUCUACGCUUUAAAGAAUAAGAUUAGAAUCAACAAUACUCUUGAAGCUCGUUUGGAACUUAUUUCUCAACAAUUGAUACCUCAAAUUCGUACAGCUUUGUUCGGUCGUAAUGUUAACAGAAAAUUCGCCGAUUAAGUGUUUUAUUUUCUGUUUUUUUUAAAUAGUAUUCAAAAAAUUAACCGUCACUUAGGUAAAUAUUUACAGAUGGUCAAUAUCAAUAUUAUAAAACUGUUUGGUAUAUGUAUGACUAUUAAUAAAUCAUUCCUUGUAGAGUAUUUGAAAUUUAUAACAUUUUUUCGUCCAGCAAUUAUUUUUUUUACAACUAUUGUAAUCCACCAUGCUUUUCUUGAAAUUGAUACUAUUUUAUGUAAGUAUAUGUAUAUAGAUGAUUAUCCUUUUUCUGUAAGAGGUUAAUUGCAAUAAAAUUUAUUGUUGAA